CGCAACGUGACGGGCGGGGCCGGGAAGUUUGUUCCCGAGUUCGGAGCCCAGGAGUCCCCGCGGCCGUCGUGCAGGUGCCCUCCGCCGGGGUCGGGAUGGAGCUGCCCGCCGUGAACUUGAAGGUUAUCCUCAUGGUUCACUGGCUGCUGACAACCUGGGGCUGCUUAGUGUUCCCAGGCUCCUAUGCCUGGAGCAACUUCACUAUCCUGGCCCUGGGCGUGUGGGCUGUAGCCCAGCCGGACUCUAUUGAUGCCAUAGGCAUGUUUCUUGGCGGCUUGGUGGUCACCAUCUUCCUGGACAUUAUCUACAUCAGCAUCUUCUACCCAACUUCUGUCAUUAACGACACUGGGCGCUUCAGCGCCGGCAUGGCCAUCCUCAGCUUGCUGCUCAAGCCCUUCUCUUGCUGCCUCGUCUACCACAUGCACCGUGAGCGAGGGGGUGAGCUCCCACUCCGCCCAGGUUUCUUCGGACCUUCUCAGGAGCACAGUGCCUACCAGACAAUUGACUCAUCAGACUCACCCGCAGCCCCCUUUGCCAACCUGGAGGACAAGGGCCAAGCUGUCCCCCGGGGGUACUGAAGCUGUCCCCUCCUUUCUGGACCUACAGUGGCAUGUCUUCCGUUCCCCAUCACAGAUGUCUGAGCCGAGUGCCUUGGAGGUCAUGAUCCUCUGGCUUCCCAGCUGAGAAGAGCCAAGCCCUACCUCUCCAGGGAGCCCUCCCUUCAGUGCACAUGUAACCCCUGGCUUGAACCGCGGUCGCUUUCUUCACCUCCUACUCCAUAACUAUACCAUGCCCUUGCCAAGCAGUGCAGAUUGCUCCAGGGCCAGGCCUCUCAGGCCCUAAGACGGUCCAGCCCUUCCUAGAAGCUCUGCGAGCUUCUGGUCCUGCUCGACCUCUCCUGCAUAGGAGCAAAGUCCAUGUGCUUGUCACUGCCUGAUGGAUUGGUGCCUGGGACAGGGGUGGUAGAUCUGCAGAGGCUCCUUUCAGAGCCCUGGCAUUAAAAUUCAGGGGUUCUACGGCUGGGCUGUGUUUGAGCCGUGUAUCGUCUCCCAGCUGGGAUCUGGCUUACCCUUUUGGUAUGAUUUCACCUUUGAAUCAGUUGCAGGAUGAGCCUGAGUUGAGCCACCAUUUAUAUUGGGCCUGGUGGAAGGAAGGGCCCCCUGUGGGUCUGGCCAGAGGAACCUCUCCAACCAAUGGGAGAGACAGGAAGUGCUGGUCAGCAUGGCAUGUAGCCGCUCUCCUUUGACUCAGAUGACCUGGCACUGGUCUAAAUCUUGCUCUGCCACUCAGCUGACAUGUUCUAGGAGAGAGGUGGUUAUGACCUCCAAUGACAGGGGUCUGAGUGUCUGGUACCCAACUGCACUGCCCCUGGAGCCAGCUGUAAUACUGAGCUGUGAGGCAAGGCACGGGUGGCUUCCUCUACCCCUGUGUUCUGACCACAAUUGACUGCCUCCUGACGUGGCAGAACCAGGGUCCCACUGUUACUCAAUUGCCAGAUCAAUGGGGACAGAUACGUGAAGACUUGUGGGAGCCACAGGCGGAGGUGAGGGGCCUGAAGAAGCAUGAGGCUGUUGACAGGCAGGGAGGCUGAGUGACAGCAGCUGUCAUCCUCACUGAGCCUAGUGUGAGCAAACGGGGUGAAGAGCAGCAUGUACCACUAGAGGGCGUUAGUUGUGCCUCAGCCUCUCAGAAUCCUUAGGGUUGUUUAGAGUGUGUGCAGCAUGGUCUAAAACAUGAGCUGGGGCCCAGGGAGACGCUCAGCAAACAAAAGGUGUCUACUAUCGAGCCUCAAGAUCUGCGCUUGGUUCCUGGAACUGAGCUCCGAAAAUUGUCCUCAGACUCCACACAUGCCAUGGUGUGAGGUCGCUCCCCACAAAAAAAAAUACAUGUUAAAAAUAACCCAGAAUACUGAAAACAUGCCCUAGGACACAUGUCAGGUUCACGAUCGCAGGGACAUUGGAGGAGGAAGCACGUAGGCUCACGGGAACAGGAUGAACACAGAGUUUUCUCAUGUUCCUGUAGUUCCUAGCAGGAGGAAGGCCUGGGGUCAGUACCCGUGUCCUCAGAGUAGGUCAGGCUUGUGGAGACGGAAAGUGAGGGAGGGGCUAGGCCAGGUCACAGAGCCUGCAACCCUGUCCUCCUGGUCCCGGGUUCCCAGUUUAGGAAGGCCAGAGGAGGGGCAUCUGAAGGGCUCUCCAGAGCAGACUGAGGCUAGAGCAGGGGAGCCGGGCAUUCUCAUUUGUCAAGGCCUGUCCGGGCUGGAGAGAUGGCUCAGAGGUUAAGAGCAUUGCCUGCUCUUCCAGAGGUCCUGAGUUCAAUUCCCAGCAACCACAUGGUGGCUCACAACCAUCUGUAAUGAGGUCUGGUGCCCUCU